UUCGGUCGUUUACACGUCUCGAGUACCGCGACGCGUCGCGCUUGAAGGCUAGCAACAGAUAUGUAUGUGACGUCCGUAGGGACCGAUCUCCACAAGUUCGGCGUAUAUAUGCUGCUUGUCGCGCUGUACACCGCUUAUGCGCAGCGAUAGUGGGGCUUCGUGAACUUCGGUGCUGGGUCUGAAGAAUGGACGUGCUUGACGUCGGACUCGAGUUCUAUGCACCAAGCACAGCGAGGCAGGCAGGUCAUUUACCAUCGCAAUUGGCACCUCGGGCCCCGCCUUGGCUCGCUGAGGGUGUGACUGGUCUUGCAGGGUUACGGUGCGAAAGGUUUCCAAGCUUACUUUCGACGGUACAUCAGCUUGAACCAGUACUUCGCCUCCCCCGUCAAGACCUCCCCUUCCUUCGUGUUCGUGACUAAACCGUCUCUCGCGCUGACCGUCUCAUGCGUCGUCAC